GCUGCCUCCCCUCACCUGAUGUCAGCACAGACCUGGGACGGCCGAGCUGACAGACUGACAGACGGACGGAGCUCCUGGCCCCACAAACCCGGGCCCCCACGCCGACCUGCUUCACUGAGCAGCGGGCUUUCUUUGAGGCCAGGACUGGGUGAUGGUGUCACUCCUCCCGCCGCAGUCUGACGUCACGCUGCCCAGCCCGGCCAGACUGGAGGGCGAGCCCCAAGGGGACCUCAUGCAGGCACCGGGCCUCCCAGGCUCCCCUGCCCCACAGAGUAAGCAUGCCGGCUUCAGCUGCUCAUCAUUUGUGCCUGACAGACCCCCAGAAAGGGCUUCCUCACUGCCCCCACAAAGUCCCAGCGUCGCAUCACCAGGUCCCGAGCAAGUCCACUGCCCAGCCGGCCCAGGUCCGGGCCCCUUCCGGCUCUCACCCUCAGACAAGUACCCCAGCUUCAGCUUUGAGGAGAGCCCAGCAAGCAGCCCUGGGCGCUUCCUCAAGGGCAGCCAUGUGCCUUUCCACCCAUACAAGCGGCAUUUCCAUGAGGACGUCUUUCCUGAGGCUCAGACUGCCCUGGCCCUCGAUGGACACUCCUUUAAGACCCCAGGGGUGCUGGAGACCUUCGAGGAGAUCCCCGUGGAUGUGGGGGAAACCGAGGCCUUCCUGCCUGGCUUCUCAGCAGAGACCUGGUGCAAUGGGCUCCCCUACCCCAGCCAGGAGCACAGCCCCCAAGUCCUGGGUUCGGAAGUCAAAGUCAAGCCCCCAGCUCUGGAGAGUGGCCCUGGGCUGUACUGCUACCAGCCCCCUUUGCAGCACAUGUACUGUCCCUCCCAGCCCCCCUUCCACCAGGUGGGUCUGCAGCAGGUGGGCACGCUUCCCCCAGUGUCUCAGGAUGUAUGGAUGUGUUAG